AUGUUUUGCCAAGAACCCUCAUGGAGUCGACGUUGUUCCACGGAGACAGUCUUCAGCAUCCAGGGCAAAGAAACUGAUUUUGUGCAAGACACCAGUGAUUCAGAAUGGGCCAGCGAGCACGAGCGGGGCGUGGAGUACGAACCGGUCUCACAGUCCGACGAAGAACACUCGCUGCUGGGCGGUUCCUCGGACCUCAGUGAUAACGAGAUAAUAAAGACGCAAGUGAUCGAAGUUUCUUUGAAGGAGGACGGCGGGCUUCUGAUGGCUGAUUCGGAGAUCAUGAGCAGCUCCAGCGACAGUGAACUAGACUACCACGACUACUGGCUGUGUGCGCACUGCCGCGCGACUAACAACAACCCGCUGUACAGAUACUGCGAGAGGUGUUUCAAGGUACGUAAAAACUUGUUCCCGCCGAGACCGAAACGUCGAAACAGAAAGAAAUCCGAUAAACGUGCGGUUCAGGGGUCGCAACCCCUAUCACCGGACUCGGGGGUCGCCUCUACGCUCAGCCAGGAGCUGCAACCCUCGCAACUAACUAACACUGACACGUUAAAUAUCAAUAGUGAUGACAGGGAUAGAGUCAGGUCGGACUCGGAGGUGGAGCCCGAGGCCAAGAGGAGGAGGGUGGAGGAGGAGGAGGGGGAGGUCCAGCCACUGGUGAAGGCCAUGAGCGAUCCGGCCGUGACGCUGGAGCAAGCGCCCUCGGAACUAUGCAUCAUGUGCUGCUCCGAGCCCAAGUCCGGAGUUUUCGUGCACGGCCGGAUCGCUCACAUCUGCUGCUGUUACAAGUGUGCUCUGAAAGUGUGGAGCUCGGUCAGGCGCUGCCCCGUCUGUAACUGUAAGGUCAACAACGUCCUAAGAGCCGUGGUCAUGUGA